UCAGGGGGAAGGUCAGAUCUCACUGAGCUAUCCCCAAUAUUGCGACCACGCUUACAGACCACAAGAAACAGUAUUAUUGUUCACUCUGAUUGGUCGAGGACCUACAACACCGCCUCUCUUAUACCCUGAUUGGCUUGAUGAAUGCACAGGAAUGCUGCCAUUGGUCUCUUCAACACCUCUACAGUUUUCCCACUGUUUUGUUGCAUUUGCUAAGGAGCUCCGUUGAACUAAAGAAGAUAUUUUUAGGCGGCAUAACGUAUACUGUCCUGCAGCUCAACUUAUCCCAUACCCAAGGAUAAAGACUUGGAGACAAAAUGGCAUCAGACUCCCCGCGCAGACCAAGCCGCUGUGCUGGAGGGGUUGUGGUGCGAGCACAAGCUGCCACUGAGCAGUCAUAUAUGGAGAGUGUUGUGACCUUCCUCCAAGAUGUGGUCCCUCAGGCAUACACAGGUGCACCCCCAACUGAUGAAAAAGAGAAAAUAGUUUGGGUCAGAUUUGAGAAAGCUGACCUCAAUGAUACGUCCCGCUCCCCAGAGUUCCUGGAGAUGCACAGUGGCAGCAGUGACCCUCCUCUCUGCCUCAUGAUUGGUUACGCCGACGGGAUGCAAAUCUGGAGCAUAUCCCUGGGUGGAGAGGCCCAGGAGCUUUUCUCUGUGCGCCACGGACCUGUGAGAGCUGCCCACAUCCUGCCAGCGCCCCAUAUCAGUCCACUGAUGAUUGAUGGUUUUGCGGACAAGAGGCCUCUCCUGGGGGUGUGCAAGAGCACUGGGUCCUUGGGGACGAGCCCCCCAUACUGCUGUGUGGACCUGUACUCUCUAAGGACAGGGGAGAUGGUCAAGUCCAUCCAGUUCAAGACGCCCAUCUAUGACCUGCACUGCAACAAGGAGAUUCUAGUUGUCGCCCUGCAGGAGAAGAUUGCUGCAUUCGACAGCUGUACCUUCACCAAGAAGUUCUUUGUUACAAGCUGCUUUCCCUGUCCGGGCCCCAACCUAAACCCCAUAGCACUGGGAGGACGCUGGCUAGCCUACGCUGAGAACAAGUUGAUCCGGUGUCACCAGUCUCGAGGCGGUGCCUGCGGGGACAAUGCCCAGUCUUACACAGCUACAGUCAUCAGUGCUGCUAAAACCCUAAAGACUGGUCUCACCAUGGUGGGAAAGGUGGUGACCCAGCUAGCUGGUACUCUACCCACUGGCGCCCCCGACGAGGAGGGUGUUACCCCCCACAGCACCACCCGCCGAAGCCCCCAUGCCCCCGGAGUAAUCACCGUCAUCGACACACACAACGUCGGAGAGGGACAGGUCCUGGUGAGUGAGGACUCAGAUGGAGAGGGAGUGGUGGCCCACUUCCCAGCCCAUGACAAACCCAUAUCCUGCAUGGCAUUCAACCCCAGCGGUAUGCUGUUGGUGACUGCAGACACCCUGGGCCAUGACUUCCAUGUGUUCCAUGUCCUCACACACCCCUGGGCCUCCAACCAGUCUGCUGUCCACCACCUCUACACACUGCACCGCGGAGAGACUGAGGCCAAGGUCCAGGAUAUUUGUUUCAGCCAGGACAGUCGCUGGGUGGUGAUCAGCACACUGCGUGGCACCUCCCACGUCUUUCCCAUCAACCCCUACGGUGGCGCUCCCUGCGCCCGCACACACAUGUCCCCCCGCGUGGUCAACCGCAUGUCCCGCUUCCAGAAGAGUGCAGGGCUGGAGGAGAUAGAGAAUGAACUGAACAGCAAGCAGGCUGGAGGAGGGAGAUGCAGCCCCAUCCCCGGGCUCUCCAGCAGCCCCUCGGGGUCCCCGCUACACGCUAAACUCACCAGCCAGGAGUCGUACAACAACUUCACCAACAACAACAUGGGUAACCCUCGUCUGUCCCCUCUGCCCAGCCUCACCAUAGUGCUGCCCCUGGCACAGAUCAAACAGCCCAUGACCCUGGGCACCAUGACCAAGCGCUCCGGACCUUACCUCUUUGGGGCAGGAUGUUUUGCCAUUAAAACUCCAUGCAAAGCCAAGCCUCCCCCACAGAUCUCCCCCAGUAAGUCCAGUGGAGGAGAGUUCUGUGUGGCUGCUGUCUUUGCUGCCUCACGCUCCUGGUACAUGACCAACCCCAACAUGAAGAGAGAGAAAGACCAGUCCAGCCGGUCAGUGGUGGAGUCCCUCUACAUCCUCAGUUGCUAUGGCACCCUAGUGGAGCACGUCCUGGAGCCUCGGCCAAUCAGCACAGCCCAGAAGAUCAGCGAUGACACACCCCUGGAGCUCAACACAUGUCCACGGGCCUGCUGGAGCCUGGCCAGGACUCCACUGUGGAAUGAGCUGCAGCCUCCCUUUCUCUCCAACCACCCUCUGGUGCUGGCCUCUGACCUGGUGCAGUGUUACCAGUACCUCCUGGCUGGAUUGGUGCCCCCUGGAAGCCCGGGUCCUGUGACGCGCCACGAGUCUUACGACAGCCUGACGUCAGACCACAGCGGACAGGAGGACGAGGAGUGGCUCUCACAGGUGGAGAUAGUCACCCACACAGGGCCUCACCGUCGGCUGUGGAUGGGUCCUCAGUUCCAGUUUAAGACCAUCCACCCAUCUGGUCAGACUACGGUCAUCUCCUCCUCUUCCUCCGUGCUGCAGUCCCAGGGCCCCAGCGACAUUCAACAGCCUCUGUUAGACUUCCACACUGAUGACCUGGACCUACACAGUCUCAGGAUCCAGCCGGUGCGUUCUGAGCCAGUCAGCAUGCCUGGUUCCUCUCGGCUGGUGGCUGAACGGAGGGGACAGGGGACGGUCAUUGAUACAGGAUCAGGGACGUUUGACCGCAGUGUGACCCUGCUGGAGGUGUGUGGCAGCUGGCCAGAGAGCUUUGGCCUGCGUCACAUGAGCUCGGUGGAAUCCACCGAGGAGGGGCUGAGAGAGAGGCUGGCAGACGCCAUGUCAGAGUCACCAUCCAGAGACAUUGUGGGCUCUGCUACCGAGCUCCAGAGGGAGGGCAGUAUUGAGACUCUCAGCAACAGCUCUGGCUCCACCAGCGGCUCCAUCCCCCGUAACUUUGAGGGCUACCGCUCUCCACUGCCCACCAACGAGAGCCAACCCCUCAGCCUCUUCCCCUCCGGAUUCCCCUAGAGGAGACUAGGAGCCUGCCUACCGCCCUACAAGACCUGGGGUCAAAUACUCUUUUAAGUCUUUCAAAUGCUUUGAGCAUUUGCUUUAGUCUGCCUGGGGUGCCUGAUGGGAGGGGGAUACAUUUUACAACUUUCUAUUGGUUCCAACUAUUCUAUUGGUUCCAGACAAGCUCAAUAAAGCCCAGAUAAAGUAUUUGAACCCAGGUCUGCUACCUACCUUCCAUCCUACCGCUUCACACAGCACAGCCAGACAGUCCUGAUGUCUUCUGGUCUCUCGCUAUGUUGAUGUUCAUUAGGAUGUUAUUGUGAGCAGUGGUUCCCUCCUCAUGUUCCCUCCUCUCUCUUUCCAAAUCCAGGAACUGUCCAGUGUUACUCCCACAUACUGGUGUGUGUGUGUGUGUGUGUGUGUGUGUGUGUGUGUGUGUGUGUGUGUGUGUGUGUGUGUGUGUGUGUGUGUGUGUGUGUGUGUGUGUGUGUGUGUGUGUGUGUGUGUGUGUGUGUGUGUGUGUGUGUGUGUGUGUGUGUGUGUGUGUGUGUGUGUGUGUGUGUGUGUGUGGAUGUGUCACAUGGCGUGUGUUUCAUUUUGGGUAUGUGUGCGUGCGAAUAAAAAGUGCUCUGAUGAUUUUGUGUUAGUCACAAAAUGCACCCUAUUCCCAAUAUAGUGCACUAUAAAGGGAAUAGGUUGCCAUUUGGAACGCAUCCCACCUCUAGGUAGAUACACUUUUUGGGGCUUUUAGUGACAGAAACGGGCUCAAAACAAAAUGCUUGUUGCUGAUUUGGUUUACUGCUCAUUUGAAAUAGUUGAAGUUUGUUAUUUAGCUAGACAUGUUUUUAUGGAGUUGAUUAACUACGUGUCACUUUGACUUUUUCACAAGCUUGUAAAUGGUGAUGGACCUAAUGUAGCUGUAGUUGUUUUACUUCUGAAGAUAACGACCUAGCUCAGCAUGCGCUGUAAUGUAUAUUAGCUUUGCUUAUUAAGACCAAAUCACUUCCAUGUAUGGUUUACUCUUCAUUUGGUAACUUUGAUGGUUUCGGUGGGUAUCUUUUUAGUUUGUUGAGUCGAGUGUCUUCUGAUGAUUUCAUCUUGCUUUGAUUAUGAUUUUAUUUUUAUUUUUUGCAACAAAAAACAGAGGUUAGUGCUUUAACAAUAGAAAAGGCUUAUUCCUUUCUUGCGUGCACACACACACACACCUCAAACACAAGCAUACGCUUGUAUGCUGAAUAACUACUUUGCCAGCUUGCUUUUAUUAAUGAAUGGGUCAUUGCUAGACUUGACCAGACCACAUGGGACUUGAUAUGAAGUGUGAUCUGAUGCACUAGUGAGACCAGAAAGAUAGACUCACCUUUUAGACUUAAAACAGGUUCUAAAUAUUUGGUCACUGAUUUUGUAUUCAGUGUUUAUCAACAUUUUUAUUUUAUAUCACGAUACAAUCCUAGUCCUUUGUCUGGGGAAUGGAUGUCUGGUUGACUACACGGGUCUGUUCAGAAAAACGCUAUGUUACAGGACUUUCAGGUAGAAAUACAUUUUAUAGAACAUGAUUCCUCUCUGUCCUGUAGGAAAAGGAGUCAUUACAGAUCUAUAUAUUACAUUUCUAUCUGCAAUGUUUGGAAUGUUUCACCCUACUGAACACAGCCAUGUUCCUGUAAUUCUGCAUGUUGAAUGAGUCGAUGGCUACUGCUGCUUGGUCACUGGACAAUGUAACAUAAGAGGCAUGAUGAAUUUAUUCCUUUUAAUGCAGAACACAUGGGUAUUAAUACAUUUUUACUAAUAUUGGUUUUGUAAAAUACCAAAUCGUUAUUUGCUAUACAUUCAUGUUAAUGAAAUGUAUUGAUGUGUUAUUAUCAUCCCUGGAUACUCAAUGAUUUCAUAUAUGCUAAAUAAAUAUAACACCUGCAUAGUCAUUGUUUCAAUCACGUGAACAAAAGGUAUCAGCAAGUGCUUUUGUAAAUGGAAAGUGACUUCUCGUUUAAUUUAAAUAAAGUAAAUAAACCACA